CCGGCACGUGCGUCACAUUCGGCUCCGUCUUUUUUUUUUUUUUUGCGAGCGCUCUACCAUCAACCUCACGGAAGGGACGGAGGCAGGAGAGUCAGCACGUCCCACUUUUUAUACCUUCACACUGCGUGAAAAGUUUGAAUAUUUAACGUCUAUCGCAAUAUGUCACUCGGUUGAGUCCGACGACUUAUCUCCAGAGCGCGGGUGGGACUUCGUCUGUGAUUAAAACACCCUUUGUAGGAUGGCUGACUAACUGUUCGAGCAAGAGUGAAGCUAUAUAGCACCAAAUUAAUGAAAGAAGGAUUAGGUGAUUAAAGGUUCAUAUUGGAUAACACGUCGUGGUAUUCUUCGCAAGGAAAAUAUGGUUACAAUGCGCAUAAACAGUUGUAUUUUCCAUGGAGCAUCGCUGCCAGAAGAUACUUUGCUUGCGAAGCAGUGACGCUUUAUCCGGAGAGGAAUAUCCACAGAGUCCGGAGCUGCCGCGUCUGCUCCUCCGUGGAAGUUGUGGUGUGGAAAAGCAUUUGGGAAUAAGAUGGAUCUGCGCCCUGUCAUGUUACCGGUUCGAUGGCUUAUUCUCCUGAUGCUUCUCUCGUGCAGAGUGGGGAGCAGCAGCAGGCUCAUCCUGGACGGGCUGCAGAGAUACGGCCCCAUGCCCAUCUACCUGCCGGUCAGCUACCACAUCCACAACGCCGAGUCCGCCUUCUUCCUGCGGGAGGCCAAUCAGGAGCUCAUGAGGAACUCCAGCCUGCAGGGGCGCACCGAAUCCUUCUUCAUCCAGCGGGCCCGCCACAUGCCCUACGUCAACGCCAGCUACGGCCCCCUCUCGACCCAGCGCAGCGUCCCGUUGGAGCUCUUGCAGACCUCCGCGGGACCCUUCUCCACCCCGUCCUCCCCUACCGAGUCGCCCGACACGUUCACCUACAACUGGAAGGUCAACACCUACAUCAUCAGCGAGCGGAUCCACCCCAGCUGGCCCAAGGUGCAGGUGCUGUUCUACAUCGCGGGCCGCGACUGGGACGACUACAGCGCCAUCCACCGGCUGCCCUGCGUCCGGAUGUUCGCCUUCCACGAGACCCAGGAGGUGCGCGGGUCCUGCCGGCUAAAAGGGGAGCUGGGGAUCUGCGUGGCGGAGUUGGAGCCGCUGGUCAGCUGGUUCAGCCCCCCUACCGUGAGGCCGGGCAGGCAGAGGCCCUCGGAGCAGGGUCAGGGGACCCCGGUGGAGCUGUACUACACGGUGCAGGCGUCCGACAGCGGAGACUGCAGCGCGGAGGACGCGCGCAAGGGAGGCCCCGCGGGGCCCUCUAGCGACCGGCAGCAGGGGCCGCUGGGGUAUUUUGCGGGGCCCACACCCAUGCGCCGCAUCGGGAGCGUUCGGCUGUUUCAGCCGCUGUCGGAGCUCAAGCUGGACAACAACUUUGUGGUGAUGGUGCCGUCCAAGCCCAUCCGACAGAGGGAGACGGUCUCGACGUUCUUGGCGCUGUCCACGCUGUCGGCGGUUCAGAUCUUCACCCUGAGGGUGAAGCUGAAGGACGGGGUGGUGUUCCUUGGGGCCCGGGCCAGUAACCCGGUGGCGUGGACGGUGAGCCAGGACGUCCGCAGCGAGGGCCACAGGGUGGUCACCCUGCACUGCCGCCAGAAGGAGAACAGCUACGGACAGAGGGCGGAGGCGGUGGCGGGCUACCAGCGGGUGCUGCAGGUGGACCUGGAGGUGAACGGCCUGACGGCGCCCCAGAGUGGCAGGGAGGCCACGUGGCAGGUGGAGUACCCGCUGACCCGUACCCUGACCAGCGAGGUGCACACGCUGCUCCGCCUGGCGCCCCCGGACCUGGGCGGAAUCGUGCCUCUCGCCAUGGAGAGCGAGAUCCUCAACACAGCGGUUCUCAACGGACGCACCGUCGCGGUCCCGGUGAAGGUGGUUACCGUGGGAACGGACGGAGCCGUCUCCGACAUCACUGAGUCGGUGGAGUGCAGGUCGUCGGACGAACAGGUGAUCAAGGUGUCUGAGCGCUGUGACUACGUGUACGUGAACGGCAAGGAGACGAGGGGGCGGAGCAGAGUGGCGGUGAACUUCACCUACAGCUUCCUGAGCGCCCAGCUGGAGAUGAGCGUGUGGAUGCCCCGCCUCCCCCUCCUCAUCGACCUAUCAGACCCCGAGCUCAGCCAGAUCAAAGGCUGGAGGGUCCCCGUCACCACCGGCAACCGCAGGUACGAGAGGGGGCGGGGGGACAGGGUGGAUGGUGGUGGUGCUGGAGCCAGGGAGGAGGGCGGCUGUGUGGCCCAUUACCAGAGCACCACCGUGCGCGUCCUCACACACUUCCUGGCGGACACCGGAGAGGAGGAACGAGGGGGUGGAUCGUCGGCGGGGGACGAGGCAGCCAAUCAGCAGGACUUCCUGCUCGGCACUGAUUGGCAGGUCGACGUGACCCACCUGGUCGUGGAGUCCCUGAAGGUGAAGGACCCCAACACCGCCCGCUUCCUGCAGGGACAGGUCCUCGUGGGGUUGUCACCCGGCACCACAAAAGUUCAGGUGCUGUCGCCUCUGUCCUCGUCGGUGCUGGCUGAGAGGAGCAUCAGGGUGGUGGAUGAUAAAGUCAGUGUGACAGAGCUGGGGGUGCAGCUGGUGUCUGGGCUCUCUCUCUCCCUCCAGCUCAGCCCUGGGAGCAACCGGGCCAUCGUCGCCACGGCCACCACACAGGAAGUCAUCACAGAGCUCAAACAGGAGUCUCUCAUCAGCGCCUGGCUCCAGUUCAGCGAUGGCUCCAUGACCCCCCUGGACAACUACAACCCCGCCCACUUCCUGCUCACCGCCAGCUCUCUGGACGAGAAGGUGGUGGCGGUGCGGCGCAGCGCCGCCUGGAAGUGGCCCGUGGUCGUUGCCACGGGCGACGGCCAGGGGCUUCUGGUGCGCGUGGAGAUGACGCAGGUGGACGCCUGCCAGAAGGCGCGGCAGCGCGCCCCGGUGCUCGCCACCGGGCUGGGCGGCGUGCGGGUGCGCGUCGGCCCACCCGAGGAGCGGCCCUUCGGCCCGCCACCCUCGUCGGCGGCGGCGGCGGACCGGCGAGGGCGGCGGCCGGCCUCCCCGCCCCACUACGGCGGCUCCGUCGGCGACAUGGAGGCGGGGAUCGUGAACCGCGCGGCGCCCACCGCCCGGGCGCCCCGCCCGGCGGGGCUCACGGACCACCCCCCCCGGGCGGCGCCCAGACCCAGCGGCGGCCGCCUCUUGGCGGACGGCGUGCGGGCCGGGAUCCCCGGGGACUUCUCCGAACAGCACCCGGAUCAGUCGGAGCUGGUGCCCCGCGGCGGAGGGGCGGGGGACGAGCUGGUGACGUCGCGGCGGGGCAGCCUGACGGACCUGGAGAUCGGGAUGUACGCCCUGCUGGGGGUCUUCUGCCUGGCCAUCCUGGUGUUCCUCAUCAACUGCAUCUCCUACGCCUACAGGUACCGCAGCAAGCACCUGUCCCUGGAGGGGCCCGAGUCCCUGCCCCACGCCCACGACUGGGUGUGGCUGGGCCAGGAGGACGGCCUGUGCCUCCAGCAGCAGCAGCAGCAGCAGCAGCAGCAGCUGGGGGACGACAUGUGCGGCACCCUGGAGGAGGGCAGCCAGCUCCUCAACGGGGGGGCCUUCCAGCGGGGCGUGCCCGGGGGCGGGGGCGGCGGGGGCUGCACCGGGAUGGCAAACCGAAACGAGGCGCUGAACUCGCCGACCACCAAGAGGAAGAGGGUGAAGUUCACCACCUUCUCCAACGCCAACAAGACGGGCAACGGGUGCCAACAGACGCUCAGCCCCCUGGCGCUGAGCAUGAAGACCAGCGAGAUCAAGUGGGUGUGUCCGGACAUCGAGCUGGGCAACUCCCAGGACCUGAGGAAUUACAUGGACAGGCUCAACGAGAACGCCACCAAGAACAUUGCAUAGGGAAAAAAUGGGAGUGUGUGCGUGAGGAUGUGUGCGUUGUGUGCGUGUGCGAGCGUCUUCAGCUAUCUGCGGAUGAAACUCACCCCGAAUGCCUUCAGCGUAAGGAAUAAGCGGGGCGUCAGGGCGGGGGGGGAGCACACUGGGAACGGGACCAUAGACUGCUGGUCGGGUGUGACGCGCCACGGCAACAGGAGGGCACGCCCCUGCGUCUUCGUUGUCUCCGUGGAAAUAUGUUUUGAAGGGUCGAGGAGGAAACGGACACCAAGGGGAACAGGAUUUCUCGUGACACGGCAGCAGCGAAGGAGAAACUUGAACUUUUUUGAAAUUCUUUCUCAAACACACUCUACAUUGACUCGAUUUCUUUCAUAUUUUUUCUUUUUAAAUGAUCUUGUUUUGAUGUCGUAUUGUUGCUUUCCACUUUUUACACUUGCCUCAUGCCCUGGCCACUUUUGAACAACCAUCGACUUCAGCAGAGAGGAUUUCAAAACGCCUCUGAUUGUAUAUAGAUCACAGAGACGCGGAUGGAGGUACUAUGUGUAGUGUAGCAUUUAUAUUUGGUUUGUUGGUUUUGUUUUCCUUCUCAGAGGACCAGGUCCAUGUGUGCCCUAAACACGGAGGCUGCUUGGAGUGGCAUGAUGGGUCUGGUCUGUCCGUCUGUCCGAGAGGAAAAGUGUAGAUACUGCUGUUAGUCCCUUGGAGAAACAGCCUUUCAAUAGGAUUCAGGCCAUUCACUCAUGAACACAAUGGAGUUCAUAUUUGAUUUAUUGCUGUGUUAUUUUUGUAUUAUAAAAUGUGUUUGAUUUGAUAGCGUUUGCUUUGGCGGAUGUCCUUUCGUAAUUUUUAUGUUGACUUUGUCUAUUUAUUUGAGACCGUGUUUUCUUAGUCAGUGCUUCUAGCCCAAACAGCGCGUGUCUUUUGAAGAUUGAAAAUCUGUUUAAACCAAUAAGUUCCAAACUGCAUCAUAAGAAAUGCGGAUCAGCGAGAUCCAUCGGUAGACAAUCAGGAAAGCAUGUCACAAACCCUUUCUCGUUAAAAAGGCUUGACUUUGAAAUGGCUUGAUUUAGAUGCACUCCGAGACAUGACAAUAAUGGCAAAGAUCAAUUUCAGCCCAAAGCCCCGUUUUGACCCUUGCCGUCUUAAUUACUGUCCUGUGUUCAUAUUAGCAGAAUCUUUCCAUUCCAACAUCUCCCUGUUUUAAAGUAGCCCACUGGUCUUAUUAAAACUGAAAGUUUGUCUUCUCCACGUCCCCCUUCGUGUUAGUCCUUUAUUGUGGCUUGUUUUCUUAUAUUUCUAUUCUCUUGUACAUUUUCCGCACUGGAUUUAUAGCAAAAUGGCUUUCAUUAAAUAACCAUCAAGCUGUUUGUGUGCAUCACAGGUUUGGGAACGAAAUGGAGGCAAAUGAGGAGCGCUACUUAAGGCAACGAGAAGAAAAGAAAACCUGUGCCGUUUGAGAAUGCCCGCCUGCGAACAUUCUGGUAAAUUAUUGAAUGAAAUGAGGAAACGGCAGCAACAAUAUGAUUCCAACGGUCUGUGAUGCAUACUGGUAUAUUAAGUGCAGCAUAAUUCCAUACUAUACUUAACUUAAUUUCCGUGUCACAGAAGCCAGAUUCCCGGCGGCAAAAUGGGGAGCCGGUGCUGUUCUCUCAGUGCAGGCAUAACAGUUUAAUUGCAAUCAAUUUGUCAAUGAAUCAUCCCUGUAAGGAAACAUGUGACCAUAUAUAUGUAUUAUACAAAUGUGGCGUUCACCGCCUGGACA